UCGGACAUUCCCUUUUCCCGGUUCCUUCGCCAACCUCCUCCUUCUUCUUCCUCGUUAUUCAACAACAAGAAAAGUAAAAAGAGAGGAAAAAAUAAUAUAUUAAAUAGAUCACGGAAACUAAUAUCUCUUUCGCGCACCGAACGACUCAUCAGCUCACCGACUCGGAACUUCCUCGCCUGCCGAUCAAAACCGACUCAUCAAGUCAGCAUUUCGCCUCGCAAUGGAGACUUUGAUUUCAUUGGUGAACAAGAUACAGAGAGCGUGUACGGCACUCGGUGAUCAUGGUGAAGACAACGCCCUGCCUACUCUCUGGGAAGCCUUGCCUUCCAUUGCCGUCGUUGGUGGCCAGAGUUCCGGGAAAUCGUCCGUGCUGGAGAGCAUUGUUGGAAAGGACUUCUUACCUCGUGGGGCAGGGAUUGUUACACGGCGUCCUCUUGUCCUGCAGCUUCAUAAGAUUGACGAAGGAAAAGAAUACGCAGAGUUUAUGCACCUCCCGAGAAAGAAAUUUACUGAUUUCGCUGCCGUGAGGAAAGAGAUCGCUGAUGAAACUGAUCGAGAGACAGGUCGCAGCAAACAAAUUUCUAGCGUUCCAAUCCAUCUAAGCAUUUUUUCUCCUAAUGUUGUGAAUUUGACAUUGGUUGAUCUUCCUGGACUUACUAAAGUAGCUAUUGAUGGUCAACCUGAAAGUAUCGUGCAUGACAUCGAGAACAUGGUCCGGUCAUACAUUGAGAAGCCAAACUGUAUUAUUCUGGCAAUUUCUCCUGCAAAUCAAGAUCUUGCGACAAGCGAUGCAAUCAAGAUCUCCCGUGAAGUUGACCCUAGAGGGGAGAGGACAUUUGGAGUUUUAACAAAGAUUGAUCUCAUGGACAAGGGUACUGAUGCAGUUGAUAUCCUGGAAGGAAAAUCAUACAAGCUACAGUUUCCUUGGAUUGGUGUUGUGAAUCGCUCUCAAGCUGAUAUUAACAAAAGUGUGGACAUGAUUGCUGCUCGGCGCAGAGAGCGGGAGUAUUUUCAAAGUAGCCCUGAAUACGGGCAUCUUGCUAGCAGGAUGGGUUCUGAACAUUUAGGAAAGAUGCUUUCUAAGCAUUUGGAACAAGUCAUCAAGUCUCGAAUCCCUGGCCUUCAGUCUCUUAUUAGCAAAACCAUAAAUGAACUAGAGACAGAAUUAAGUCGUCUUGGGAGGCCAGUUGCUACUGAUGCUGGAGGAAAGUUGUAUAUGAUAAUGGAAAUAUGUCGUUCUUUUGAUCAAAUUUUUAAAGAACAUCUUGAUGGCACACGUUCUGGUGGUGAUAAAAUCUACAACGUGUUUGAUAACCAGUUACCUGCUGCUCUGAAAAGGUUGCAAUUUGACAAACACCUUUCAAUGGACAAUGUACGAAAGCUGAUAACUGAAGCUGAUGGAUAUCAGCCACAUUUAAUAGCUCCUGAACAAGGUUAUCGCCGUCUUAUUGAAUCUACUUUGGUGACUAUCAGAGGUCCUGCAGAGGCAGCUGUUGAUGCGGUUCAUGUUAUACUGAAGGAUCUGGUUCAUAAGUCUAUCAGUGAGACAAUGGAACUCAAGCAAUAUCCCACUUUGAGAGUGGAAGUUAGCGCUGCUGCUGUUGACUCACUGGAUAGAAUGAGGGAAGAAAGCAAGAAAGCAACUUUACAGCUAGUUGAUAUGGAGUCCAGUUACUUGACUGUUGAAUUUUUCCGGAAGCUUCCUCAAGAUGCUGAGAAGGGUGGAAAUCCUACACAUUCGAUAUUUGACAGAUAUAAUGAUUCAUAUCUCAGGCGAAUUGGGAGCAAUGUCUUGGCCUAUGUCAAUAUGGUUUGUGCAAGUUUGAGGAACUCCAUUCCGAAGUCUGUUGUCUAUUGUCAAGUACGUGAGGCCAAGCGCAGUUUGCUUGAUUUUUUCUUUGCGGAAUUGGGUAAGAAGGAGACAAGACAGUUGUCUUCCUUGUUGGAUGAGGAUCCAGCGGUGAUGCAGCGCCGUACCUUACUUGGAAAGAGGUUGGAGUUGUACAGAAGUGCCCAAGCAGACAUAGAUGCAGUUACAUGGGGCAAGUAGAGGGUAAUAGCUUGUUUACUUUCUUAAAACAUGGGAUUUAAUAGUUGGAUUUCCGAUUCUUUGAUUCAUGAAUACUAAUUCCUAGUACGUUGAUUGGGAAGAGCAGAUAGCUUCGUGCCACGGCUUUCUUAGCAGUUACACUUUUUAAUGACCGAUUUGAGCUUUUACUA